AUUAAUUAUAUAAUAGAAAAUAUUAGAUUAUUUAUCAACGAUAAUAAAUAAUCGUAGAAGCAUUAUCAUGGAAAAUUGUUUGCUGUAUGUUAUCAAUCAAAUACAUUAAGACCAGAUUUAUAAAGUCAAAUAUUGAAGCGUAGGCGUUGCAUCUAUGCACACGCUCACAACUAUAAUAUUUCUUGAUUGUAAGAUCGAAUUAAGUUCAGUAGUUUGAAAGCUAUUGUCCACGUAAGCUCGUCUUCUUCUACAAAUGCAAGAUAUCGUGAUAACUCUUAUACUCUUAUCUGUAAUAUAUAUAUAUAUAUAUAUAUAUUCGUAACGGGAAUUUUUUCUUGACAACGACGACGUGCGAUAAAACACGAAAUUAAAUAUAAAUUUUAUACAUUAUCGUGUACUCACAUGUAAAGGAGUAUUAUUACUCUUUAUAUCAAAUGAAUUCAGUACGAUUUUGUCGCGAGUUGUGGUUAUACUGUUAGAAAAAUGGAAUGCCAAUUAAUUUUACGCGAAGGUGGAAUAGAUUACGUAUUGCUUACAAAAGAUAGAUUAGAAGAUGCAUUACGUAUUCAAGCUAAUACUAUGGUCCAUGAAAAUAUUGCUAUAGGAUUGGGAAUGUUCGAGGAACCUGGUGCACCCGAGGAAAUGCAAUUGAUUUUUAAGGAAGUUGUUAAAGAUGGAAUUUCAAUAAUCGCUUUAGACAGUGACACGAAAGAAAUGGCUGGGGUGGUAUUCAAUAAGAUGCAUAUUCCUUUGAAAGAGGGAGAUGAGGAUGCACUUGGGAGAUACGUGAAUAAGAAUAUAAAGCAUCGUUCUUGUAUCGAGCUUAUUCGUUUUCUUAAUAACUUCGAAUCUAAGGUGAAUAUAUUCGAAAAAUAUGACACUGAUGCAAUAUUGGAAAUGUUUUACAUCGCAACCGAUAAAAAAUAUCGUAGACGUGGAAUCGGUCUUGGAUUAACGAAAUCUAGUUUCGCAUUAGGAAAAAUGUUGCAAAAAGGUGAGAUUAAAAAAGUUUCGAUGGGCGGGGAAAUUGUUUUGGAGAAUGCUAUACCAAAUAUAGCGAUAGCUAUUUAUUCCUCCAAUUAUUCUAUACGUAUCGGCGAAAAAUUACGUGGUGAAUGUUUAGCUGAAUUGUUAUACGAAGAUUAUACGUUUAAUGGUAAAAAAAUGUCGGAGAGGAUCGAUAGUAAUCAUAAAAGGGUUACACUAAUUGCCUUUAAAUUAUAAACGAAAAGGCACAACAUUGUUAUAUUAUAAUCAUAUUUGUGUUUUAAUGGUAAACGAUAGAUAGUUGGUUUUUGCUUUUUUUUCUUUUUUUUUUUUUUCUUUUUUUUUUCCUUUUUUCUUUCUUUUCUUAUAUCUUUAUUCUACAUCAUAUUAUUCUACUAUCCCUAACCCACUUGUUUUCAUUUCUAAUACCCAUUUUCAAAUCGAUCAUUUUAAUUUUUUUCAUAGAUAUUCAUACGUUUCUACCAUAAGUAUUGUAUCUCGUUUAGGAAGACGCCUUGUAUAUAAAUAUACGGCACUGUUGAUCGCGCGCUGGCUAAUAUAUAGUAACAUUAUUAUUAAAGCGUCAAUCUGAAAGAAGCGCAAUGGCAAUUCUUAUUUAUUUAAGUAUUAUUUUUUUUCUUCUUCUUCUUCUUCUUCUUCUUUUCUUUUUUUCUUUUUUUCCCCUCUUUCUGUCACUUAUACAUUACUUUGUAAUUAUUAUGCGAUAUGCAAGGUGGGCCGAAAGUAGUUUAGAGAUUAUUUAAAAUAUCAAUUACUCCUUUCAAAAUACAAAUAUUAUGAUAAAUAUUUCAAAUUUUGCUAUUGUGAAUUAUUUGAUUGAUCGUUAAUUUAUGAAAAAUUACAUUUUUAAUUGUGUGAAUAUAAAUGAAAAUAAUUUUAAUAUAAAAAAUAAUUAUAAUUAAGUAUAAAAGAAAAUUUCUUAUUUUGACAAAGUUUCUAAGAACUACAGUAAUUAAUUUUUCAAAUCAACCCCAAGAGAACUUUGUACAGGCCGACCCUGUAUUUCGUGCAUCUUUAAUUCGUUUUCUCAACUAUGUAUAUCGCAAAUCUAUUAACCGAAUCGCCAAUUAGCGCAUGCUAUCGAUUACAUUGACAUCGAGUAUUUUGAUCGAUUAAACGAGAAACGUUUAAAGUUCUUAGCGAGAAACCUUACAGAUAUUAUAAUACGCGAUACAUUUUUUCGUGCAUAUUAAACACAGUUGAUUUUAUUUCUUUUUAAAAUAUAAUCGUCGACUAAUAUAUUUUGUUUAUCGUUUUUUAUCAGCUAAAACAAUAAAUUCGACUAGAUCGAUAUUGAAAAUUGCAUAUAACAUCGGAAUAUAUGAAUUUGAGAAGGUUUUUAUAAAAAACAUUUAUUACGAUCUCUUUUCUUCCCUUAUAUAUGUGUGUGUGUGUGUGUAUAUAUAUAUAUCAGAGUGGUUCCAGCUAAUUUGCCUAUUGUUAAGUACGAAAACUAUAAUUUAUAAUAAAUUACAUUAUACGA